ACAGAUCUGUCAUCACAAGUUUGGGUACUAUGUAAUUGAUCCAUAUCCAAUAUUCGAUAGAAGUCAUCGAAAAUUCCGGCCAGAACUCGAGGUCUCAUCACAUCAGCUCAGCUCAGCUCAGCCAAAAAAAAAACAUGUUAGAGACGCAACUGCCGUCACAGGCUGUAGAACCUCGGAUCCAUGAAGGUAAAUUGGCUAUUGUCACUGGGUCAGCCAGAAGUAUUGGGGCUGGAAUAGUUAGAAAGCUUGCAAGCAAAGGCUGCAAUAUUGUUAUCAACUAUGCUACUACGAGCUCUGAUGUUGCCGCAGCUACUCUCAAAGUAGAACUCAAAUCGAAGCAUUGUAUAAAAGCGAUAACCGUGCGUGCAGAUAUUAGUACAUCUGCUGGCUGCGAACAGAUUAUCGCUGCUGCGAAAGAGAAUUUCAAAAACUCCAAUACUGGCGCUCUACAAAUCGAUAUACUGGUACACAAUGCCGCAGUUUUAUAUGUCGGUCCCCUUGAGAGUGUUAUCGAAAAAGAAUUCCACCACAUCUACGCUGUCAAUGUGUUGGACCCUACGCUGUUGACAGCAGCUUGCAAGCCCUUCCUCCCCACCGAUCGUUCUGGUCGUAUUGUGAUGAUGUCUAGUAUCAGUUCCAAAAUCGGGACGCCGCACACAACGUUGUACUCAGGUACGAAAGCGGCGAUGGAGGCAAUGACUCGUGUGUGGGCUAGAGAAUUGGCGGAAAGGGCAACAGUUAAUGCUAUUAAUCCUGGGCCUGUUAUGACUGACAUGUAUUUGUCUGCUUCCGAGGAAGUUAAACAGGGUCUGGCUUUGUGGAAUCCAUUGACGCCAUUAGCCCCAGUCAGAGAAACCGACAGUCCUGAAGUCAGAGAAUUAGGCAAUCGAUUAGGUGGAAGAGCAGCUUAUGAUCAUGAUAUUGCAGGCAUUAUUGCCAUCAUCUGCGAUCCAGAUUCAUCGUGGAUGACGGGAAGUUUGAUAAGUGCUAAUGGUGGACUAUCUUUCAGUAUGUAAGCGCUAGUAGGUAGUAGGAAAUUUAGACGCUAUGAAAUGCUUUCCGCAUAUUUGUGUGUGACAGAAGCGAGCAUUUGUAUUCAAGUGGCAAGUUCAGUACCGAGGGCUGAUGAGACGAGCAUGCUUGUCAAAGAGAAUCCGCGAUGUUCCAACACGAUGCCUACGUAAACGAAACGAGUAUCCAGGUCAUUUGAUCGUUCCGCAGUCGUUCAACACAAUAGCUUCUGCCUGGUAGCUCGUGAUAUAUUGAGAUAUUCCGAGCUCCAAUGAGAAUUAAGUGCAGCUUGAUGAGUGUGUCGAUGUUUAUGUUCUGUUGUCGAGGCAUGUGGCGUCGUGCGGAAUACACUCAGUGUGGACGAAAUAAAGGGACAAAAUCAAGUUCAUCAGAUUCCUUCUCCGAAAUUC